AUGAAAUUCCUUUUCCUACUCGCAUUUCUUCUGAUUUCUAUUGGAGCAUCUUCGGCAGUCAGGGGAUUUAGAAAUAAGAUCUUCGUCCCCGAACUUCUAGGAAGAACCAAUCGUCUAGAGCCGCCAAGACGACAAGCUCGUGCCUCAAGCUUCGACCCUCGGGAUCUCAAAACUCCUCCACGGGUGAUCAAUAGACGUGGAAAGAUUGUUCGUCGCACGUCUCCAUGA